AUAACUGAAAAAAAGGAAAAGAAAAAAUGGCUAUCUCAUUGCAACUACUCUUCUUACCAAUAACAUUCCUGUUGAUGACAUCUCUGAUAAGGUUUUCGCAAGCUGCUGGAAUUGCCACCUACUGGGGCCAAACCACUGCGGAAGGAAGCCUGGUAGACACAUGUCGUAAAGGUACCUAUGACUACGUGAAUAUUGCCUUUCUGAUCAAUUAUGGCGGUGGCCAAACACCGCAAUUGAACAUAGCUGGGCAUUCCUUAAACAGUUCCGAAAUAGAAACUUGCCAAGGCCUAGGCAUCAAAGUGUUUCUUUCUCUCGGUGGAGCCGCUAACCUUUCUUCUUCCGAUGAUGCUCAGCAAGUCGCCUCCUAUAUCUGGAACGAAUUCUUAGGUGGUAAUGAAUCAGACUCUCGUCCAUUAGGCAAUGCCGUUUUAGAUGGUGUAGAUUUUCAUAUCCAAGCUGGAAAGGCGGAUUACUUGGCUGACCUUGUUCAGGCGCUAUCAAAAUAUAACACACCAGAGAGGAAGCUGGUGUAUUUAUCAGCAGCACCACAAUGUUUCAUUCCUGACUAUUUUGUGUAUUUGCUGGACGCUGCUAUCAAAACUGGCCUUUUUGAUUACGUGUGGGUGGAAUUUUUUGACAAUCCUCCUUGUGAGUAUACACCAGGCAAUACCAGUCCCCUCUUCGACAGUUGGGACAGCGGGGCUUCCUAUCCAGGCAUUAAUACAUUAUUCCUGGGAGUACCUGCAGACCCUGCAGUCUCACCUAGUGGUGGUUACAUCCCACCGCAAGUGCUAAUUGAUGAGGUUCUUCCCUUUGUGCAGAACUAUUCCAGUUAUGGAGGAGUCAUGGUUUGGGACCAUGCCCACGACUUAAAUUACAGUGAGACAAUCAGGCCUUAUGUUAGCAAGUCCCAGAUACAGUACUAUGCUGCUAUCUGACUAGUUCCUCUCAGUAUCUACUGAGAGAUGAAAUGUAGUCCUGGUUCUUCAUGCCAGAGACAAAAUUGAUAAAUAAAUAACGGGUUAUUAAUCCCCAAAUAAAUUAAAAAUGUUGGA